UCUUCUCUUUCCCUCAUCUUCUCCCCAACAGCAAAUGUCACUCUGGAUCCAGACACAGCCCAUCCUGAACUCAUCCUAUCCGAGGAUCAGAAAAGCGUGAGAUUGGGAGACAAACCUCAAGCCCUGCCUGAUAAUCCUGAGAGAUUCAGCCACGAUAUUUGUGUGUUGGGACGUGAGGGAUUCACAGCAGGCAGACAUUUCUGGGAAAUCAAUGUGGAAAGUGGGGAAUAUUGGGCUUUGGGGGUCGCCAGGAAGUCUGUGGAGAGAAAGGACUAUUUCAACUUCAGUCCUACGUGGGGGAUCUGGGCUGUGUGGAAGUCUGGGGGGGAUCUGGGAGGGGAGUACUGGGCCUGCAUCUCCCCUGUUUCCUCUCUUCUGUCCCUGAGUGAGGAGCCCAGGAGGAUCCGGGUGACUCUGGACUAUGAAGGGGGACGUGUGUCUUUUUCUGACGCUGACUCAGGAGCCGAACUCUACACGUUCUCAGGAGCCUCGUUCUCUGGAGAGACCCUCCUGCCUUUCUUUCAUCUAUUGGAUAACAAAACCCACCUCAGUAUCUCCUGAGGAGACUAAAUCUGCCUCUCAGGCCCAGCAGGAGUUUCUCUCCAGACCAGACUGACUGACAUAAAAACCAUUUACCCGCCAAGAGCAGGUUGGGCAGUUUUCCAAGGGCCCUUUGAGAGGAUUCAUUCCAGUCAAAAUCAGCAGAAAUAAC